GCCAAUAUUAAGAAUGCCAGUAUCUAAUUAUAACUACCCGUCUAAGUCUCCAAAGUCUCUUAGUUGAUAAGUUUGUAUUCUGUAAUAAUACUCUUAGAAAUUGUCAGUAAUUCUCGUCGUUCGGUCUUCUUCGGAUGCCCAUCAUCGACCGAUCUCUCUUCUUCUGUGUCCUAUGGCUCUAUUGCAGUUAAUACUAGACCGCCUGUUAUAUUGUGUCUACCUGACUAGGUACCUGUCAGGUAUUACAAAAGAUACAAAAGCUACAAGAGAUUGAUACCCCAUGAACGAGUCCAUUCAGGGUUUAGUACUCUGAUAUUUCGUAAUUAGCACCCACGAGCCUCUAGAAUUUUAUCUUAGCGUAACUAUUACUUUUCGAAUCAUUUUUUUCACUCUUUUUCCUCCCCCCCCAUAAUCCACAAUUCCCCCAAGACCUAAAAUAGGUACCUAAGAGAGCAUUAAAAAAAAGGAAGAAAAAAAAAAGAUUCGAGACCCCCCAGCCGAGGCACAACUAGCUCGGCCAGCCCCCUUCCACUUAAUACACGUCUCUCCUCUACUCAACAUUACCCCGAAGUCGAGAGUUAGCUCGCGAUGCUGUCGCCCACAAAGCCCGAGUCGCAGAGGUCCAAAGUUUGUAAUUGAUACCGAGACAUGAUGCAAGCUGCUCAAUCUCAGAACGGAGCCGUAUCCGGACCCCAGCAGCAGAACCACGUGUCGCUACACAGCAAACAGGAACCCGACAGCGACGACGGUAAUAACGCCCUGCAGAGCGGGGACGAGAAUGAUCAAGACGAUGACCACGACAGUUCCGGCGCUGUGCGUAACGGGAAACGCAAGAGACCAAUUUCCGUCUCUUGUGAAACUUGCAAACAAAGAAAGGUAAAAUGCGAUCGUGGACAACCGUCAUGUGGUUGGUGCAGGCGAAAUUCUGUCUUUUGCGAAUAUCGCGAACGCAAGAAGCCUGGUUUAAGAGCUGGUUACGGCCGGGAGCUGGAGCAGAGGCUCGAUAAACUUGAGGAGAUACUGAGAUCCCAUUCCGAGAUCUUGCAGACGUCCUUUAUCAACCACGCUCACCACAAUAUUGCCCCGAGCGUGCGCAACAGCAACCCAAGCCUACCGAGCGAUCAUGGCACGCCACGUGAGCCAGCGUCGCUGUUUCGGCCUGGCGAAUCUAUCAGGACUCCCCAAGCUGAGACUGCAUUGUUUUUGCAAAAGCCUUCCACGUUCCCUACGACGUCGCAGCAUGUCGACUUUGGCUUACCUCCUCCGACCCCGUCAAUUCACUCUGUGCAUGAUGGCUUCCAAUCGCAGAUGCCUAUGGCUGGCAUCUCCCCCUCUAAUCAGCUAGGACCUGGCCUUCAACCGGGUCCCACGGCCCAGGAAUAUUACGGACAGUCGCAACAACAACCCGUUCGAUCCCCCGGCAUGAGCGUGACACAAGGUCAGACGCAGAUAUCGUCAGAUCAGGAUCUUCCACCAUACGAUCUCCUGUACGCGUUAGUAGAUUUAUACUUUAAACAUAUUAAUACCUGGUGCCCUAUUUUACACAGGAAAUCUACCUUGGAUUCAUUAUUCGGACCCUCAACACUGGAUGAUACCGACAAGGUACUGUUACACGCUAUUGUCGCUGCUACUCUAAGGUACUCGACAGACGCCCGACUCACGGAAGAAAAAAGGCGGCAUUACCACGACGUCUCGAAACAGAGGGUUCUCCUCUACGGCAUGGAAAACUCGUCGGUCAAGGCGCUACAGGCUCUGGUCAUCCUGGCGCUCGACUUGUGCGGUAGCAGCAACGGUCCUCCAGGCUGGAACAUCAUGGCUUUAAUUACUCGCUCUGUCGUGCAGAUAGGUCUAGCUGUCGAGAGCAACUCGCUCUCCGUAUCACCAAGCUAUGCCUCGAUAUAUACCUUGAGAGCGAUGGUUUUGCCAGAGCCAAAAGAUUUCAUCGAGGAAGAGUCAAGGCGGCGAUUAUUCUGGAUGAUAUACCUCCUGGACCGGUACGCUACAAUCGCCACUGCCUUCGAUUUCGCUCUGAACGAUAAGGAAAUCGACCGGACGCUUCCCUGCCGGGAUGAUCUGUGGAUCAAGAAUCAAAAGGUGGAAACAAGGUGGUUCCGCACUCAAGAUCGUCCCCCGGACCUCCCGGAGCAUGAACAAAACAAACCGGAAAAUCUGGGUGCCUUUUCAUACUACAUUGAGAUUCUCGGCAUACUAUCCAAGAUUCACGAAUUCCUGAAGCAACCCGUAGACAUCGGCGCGCUGGGAGAUGUCGAGCAGUGGCAGCUGCGAUACAAGGAGCUCGAUAACCUCCUCGCAUCCUGGAAAUUUGGUCUUCCGGGCGAAUACGGCAACAUGGCUAAGCUGUUUCAACCUAGCGGUAGCAAGACUCUAAACUGCGGAUGGGUUAUGCUGCAUGCUACCUAUCACACGGCCGUGAUUCGAUUACAUUCGUCUGCUGCGUACCCGACUACCAGAUCACCCAUAUUUACUCCGUCGUAUGGUGCGAGCCAGCGUUGCCUCAGCGCCGUAGAGAAUAUUGCCGCUCUCGGGGAGUUCGUUGUACAAAACGGCAUGCUGAAUAAACUUGGCCCCCCGUUCGCCUUCACGUUAUGGGUAGCUGCCCGACUCCUUCUCGUUCACGGCUCGACAGUAGAACAUAAAUUAGCACCACAAAUCGCCUUCCUCGUCGAUACACUGCGCGACAUGGGUAGGUACUGGCCGGUAGCGGGGAGGUAUUGUCAGCUACUCCAACGAGUCCUUGACGAGCACAGCGACAGCGAGCGUGCAGUAGGCCAGACAGGGGAACGGAUCACACCGUCUUCAGUCAAGAUACUUGCAGACAUGAGAAGGACCGCAUUCGAUCUUGACUUCUUGAUCAGCCGCCAGCCUCGUCACCUGGCGGGUGCUCCGAGCCGUCGACCAAGCGUGACUCCAGCGCGCACGCCGGCGCCAAACGAGCUAGAGUACUUGGACGUUUUCGACUUCUUCAACGUACCACGGUUACCGUUUAGUCACGAAGCAUCUUCGGGCCCACCGAAUUCUGUCGAAAUGAGCUCAGAAAACGCGGCGAAUAACGAAGGCGGCGGCAGCGGCGGUAUGAGUAAUUCAAAUGGCGCCGCGAACGAAUUUAACAUUACAAAUUUUAUGGUUGAUGCGAACAGCGACUGGCUCUAUAAACAGCCCAACUAGUAGCGGUAGUAGCGAUAGUAGCGAUAGUAGUCUAUGGUAUAGUAAAGCUUGCUACUAUACGCAGGUAAUAACUAUCUUGUCUUGUAAUUUUUAAGAGGCGAACUGGACAUUUUCACAAAAGCACAUCGACAGAGACUGAAUGAUAAGAGAGUGAGGAACGAGGCUGUUUAGGAUUUGUGUACGAACUAUUAACGAUGGAGAAUGUGCGCUCCGAACUCCGGUGCUGCUAUGCUUGAGAUGUUCUAGGUCAUGUUGUUAAUCAUGGGUGGGAAACACGAGAUUUCAGAGGUAGAGGUCGAAAGGUCAUCAUCGGCCGAGAGCGAAGAAUUUCCGCGGAAGACCCUGAAAGGCAAACGAUGAUGCGUGGCUUCGGCACAUAAAUCGACCCCUGACAGAAUAAACGAUGUUUCAAGCCCACUGAGAAAGACUUCUGUAUGUUAGGUACAAUACAUAUGGUUGCGGUCCGCGGGUUUCAAGGAUUGGCGAGUGGGGAUUAUCAGUGUAAAUAAGGCGAAUAAUCAAUUGUCAUAUAGAC